CAGGCUGUUACUGCGAGAACCGCCGCUGCUCAGGGAAACUCGCGUUGGGGAGUACAAGAAGUUAAUUUAACUUGGAUUUACGCAGCAGAGACGCAUGGCACAAACGCACCGGCUCCAGAGGAUGACUCCUUUACCUACUCCGUGUGACUUUUAAAGGAGAGAAAGAGGGAGACAGAUAGGGAGGAGGACGGGUACUUAUGGUUUGGAGGAACUGAGCUGUGUCCCCUCCAAACAGUGCGCUCUCCGUGUCCGUGCUUCGCCAUCUGUGAGGAGAAAUGGGAUGCAGAGGCGCGCUGGGAUGCUGCUUGUUCGCGGCGCUGUCUUGCUGCCUCCUCCGCGGCUGCAGAAGUAACAUAACCGUGGCAGUGAUGCUCCCAGACAACCACCUCAAGUACCCGUGGGCUCUGCCGCGCGCCUUUCCGGCCAUCCUCAUGGCGCACGAGGACCUGCAUGUUAAACACAAGCUGCUACUCGGCCGCACUAUCAACAUCCUCAACUACAGCACAGAGGACCCGGCCGCGGGCUCGUGCGCCGAGAGCCGGGCGCAGGUGUUGGCCGUGGACGCCAAGCUAUACGUCCGCCCGGAUGUUUUCUUCGGACCCGGUUGUGUGUACCCGCUUGCGUCCGUCGCGCGUUUCGCGUCACAUUGGAAGCUGCCGCUGAUCACAGCUGGAGGUCCCGCGUACGGCUUCCAUCAGGGGAUGGAGUACCGGACCAUAGUGCGCAGCGGGCCGUCCACCACAAAGCUGGGGGACUUCGCCAACGUCCUGCACACGCACUUCAACUGGACCUCGCGAGCCAUGGUCAUCUUCUACGACUUGAGGCAGGACGACCGGCCAUACUACUUUCUCUCGGAGGGGAUUUACUUAAACCUGAAGGAAGAGAUGAACAUCACGGUGGAGGCCAUGCCGUACAACGAAGAGAGGGAAUACGCAGAAGUCAUCACUUUCAUGAGAGACCAUGCAAGAAUCAUUUACAUCUGCGGCCCCCUGGAGACAUUCCUGAUCAUCAUGAAGCUAUUUCAGAGUGAGAUCCAGGACCCAGAAAACUAUGCUAUCUUUUAUCUGGACGUGUUUGCAGAGAGCUUGGCUGAUCAGAAACCGUGGAAGAACCCUAAGUUUGAAUGGGCCAAUCCCAUUGAGAUCUUUAAGUCUGUUUUCGUCAUAACAUACCGUCCUCCGGAUAAUCCAGAAUACAAGGAAUUUCAGAGGAAACUCCAUGCCAGAGCUCAAAGGGAUUUUGGUGUUCAUUUGGAACCAUCGUUGAUGGACUACAUUGCUGGUUGCUUUUACGACGGUUUUGUGCUAUAUGCUAUGGCCUUGGAUGAGACUUUGGCAGAGGGUGGGGCACAGAACGACGGUAUUAACAUCACAAUGAGGACGCAGAAUCGGUGUUUCUGGGGAGUGACAGGACAUUUUUCCACAGACGACAAAAAUGCCAGAAAUAUAGAUGUUGACCUGUGGGCAAUGACCAACCAGGAAACGGGAGAGUUUGGGCUUGUUGCCUACUACAAUGGAACCACUAAAGAGAUAAUUUGGUCCCAGACAGAGAAGAUCAAUUGGCCUGGUGGUGGCCCGCCACUGGAUAACCCACCUUGUGUCUUUUCCAAAGAUGACCCAUCCUGCAAUGAUGGUCAUCUGCCAGUUCUGGGUAUUGUAGCAGUGGGUUCUGGCUUAGCGCUCAUCAUUUUUGGAAUCUCCAGCUUCCUCAUUUACAGGAAACUAAAGCUGGAGAAGGAGCUGGCUGGAAUGCUGUGGAGGAUUCGGUGGGAGGACCUUCAGUUUGAGAGCCCCAACAAAUACCACAAACGAGCUGGCAGUCGGCUUACUCUCUCACAGAGAGGCUCCAGCUAUGGCUCCUUGAUAACUGCUCAUGGAAAAUAUCAGCUAUUUGCAAAAACUGGCUAUUUUAAGGGAAACUUGGUGGCCAUCAAGCAUGUCAAUAAGAAAAGGAUAGAGCUCACAAGACAGGUUUUAAUGGAACUCAAACAUAUGAGAGAUGUUCAGUUCAACCAUCUAACCCGGUUCAUCGGGGCCUGCAUCGACCCUCCCAACAUCUGUAUCAUAACGGAGUAUUGUCCCAGAGGAAGCCUGCAGGACAUUUUGGAGAACGAGAGCAUUAACCUGGACUGGAUGUUCCGCUACUCGCUGAUCAAUGACAUAGUGAAGGGAAUGAAUUAUCUUCACAACAGCUACUUUGGCUGCCAUGGAAAUCUGAAGUCAUCUAAUUGUGUGGUGGACAGUCGAUUUGUUUUAAAAAUCACAGAUUAUGGCUUGGCUAGUUUCCGCUCAUCCUGCGAAAAUGAUGACUCGCACGCACUCUAUGCAAAGAAGCUUUGGACAGCUCCUGAGCUACUCAUAUAUGACCACCAUCCUCCUCAAGGAACUCAGAAGGGUGAUGUGUACAGUUUUGGCAUCAUACUGCAGGAAAUUGCUCUGAGGAAUGGACCUUUCUAUGUGGAAGGCAUGGACCUCAGCCCUAAAGAGAUCGUACAGAAGGUGAGGAAUGGUCAGAAGCCGUACUUUCGGCCGACCACAGACAACAGAUACCACUCGGAGGAGCUGACCAUCCUGAUGGAAGGCUGCUGGGCCGAGGACCCUGCAGAGAGGCCCGACUUUGGCCACAUCAAGAUCUACAUGGCCAAACUCAACAAGGAGGGCAGCACCAGUAUUCUUAACAACCUGCUGUCCAGGAUGGAGCAGUACGCCAACAACCUGGAGAACCUGGUGGAGGAGCGAACACAAGCAUACCUGGAGGAGAAACGGAAAGCCGAAAACCUCCUCUAUCAAAUUCUACCACAUUCUGUUGCAGAGCAGCUAAAAAGGGGUGAGACGGUGCAGGCAGAGGCAUUCGACAGCGUCACCAUCUACUUCAGCGACAUCGUCGGCUUCACUUCCUUGUCUGCGGAGAGCACGCCGCUACAGGUUGUGACGUUGCUAAAUGAUCUGUACACAUGCUUCGAUGCCAUAAUCGAUAACUUUGAUGUGUACAAGGUGGAGACAAUCGGUGACGCCUACAUGGUGGUGUCCGGGCUGCCGGUGAGGAACGGCAAACUUCACGCCAGAGAGAUCGCAGGGAUGUCGUUGGCUUUGUUAGAGCAGGUCAAAACGUUCAAGAUCCGACACAGACCAAAUGACCAGCUGAGACUCAGGAUAGGCAUACACACAGGUCCAGUAUGUGCCGGUGUAGUUGGGCUGAAGAUGCCCAGAUACUGUUUGUUUGGAGAUACUGUCAACACAGCAUCCCGAAUGGAAUCCAAUGGAGAGGCCUUAAAGAUCCAUGUGUCCUCAGCUACCAAAGAAGUGCUGGAUGAGUUUGGCUACUUUGGCCUUCAGUUACGAGGAGAUGUGGAAAUGAAGGGCAAAGGUAAAAUGAGAACGUAUUGGCUUCUUGGGGAGAAGACUGAUGUGUAUGUUAUUUGAGAGGCCUGCUGAUCGCAUGGCAGCUGCAGCAGCAGUGGAGGCGACAGCAGAAGCUCCGAGCCACUACUUUAUUUGUUCUAGAAUAAGUCCUUAACCAUGAUUUCCCUGCAGAGGAAAGGUGAAAAAAACAAGCCCCUACGACAAAAACAGAGGGAGUUUCAGGUAUUUUUAUUACCUGCAUACUGUAACUGAAUAUAAGACAAAAAAAAAAGAAAAAGUUGUUUUUGUAUGAAGUGGGUGCUUUUCACAGAUAAAUUCUUAUUUUUUGUGCUUUCUAUAUUAA